AUGGCGCCUCUUCCGACCCUGCUGCUGGGGUUUGUUCUUCUCAAUGCCGGCACCGCCCCAUCCGCCACCAGUGAUGCAAGUUCCUUGACAAGCUUGAUGCUCAAUGCUUCAACGUGUUUGGACGCCUCUGUGUGUGACAGCGACCGUGGCAAAGCUGCGACGCAGUUCCUCCAGGCGCAGGUCAGCAGAUUGAAGAAGAGGGGGCCAAGUGGGGCAAGUGCAAGCCAAGUCCGCAUGUCCUCACCGACGAGCCUGUCGCCUCAGAUGCAAAAGGUUCUUUACGUUGCGGGUGGGAUCCUCCUGCCGUGUUUCUUGCUGGUGCUGAAGUUCGCCAGUGUGGACGUACUGAUGGGCAUCGCAACCUUCCUGGACCACUUCAUGUCAAUGGGCCUCUUGCCUUUCUUACCGUCAGUCACGCCGAACUACCAGCUCAUUGCAGCGUUGCAAAGUUCCAAGAAUGUCGUGGUUUGCUUGCUGGCGCCCUUCCUCGGCAGGUUCAUCGAUAAGCGCGAAGCGAAAUUCGUGCAGCUUGGCAUGCUGUGUGGCAUGCUAUGCAGCCUUGGCUUUGCCCUGAAGAAGAGCUACGCCUUCUGGUUUGCGAUGCGCACCCUGAUGGGAUUCUCAACGGCAUCGGUUCUUUGGGGGAGCUUUGCGUACAUCAAUCGAAUGUACGCCAGCGACUCGACGGCGCGCGUCAAGGCCGUGUCGACGGCCACGGCGGGCCUUUAUGCCGGGAUGGUUGCUGGUCCACAAGCUGCUGGUAUAUUGGUUGACUCACGGCUGAUGUUUCUCGUCCUCUCGGGCUUGCAGAUGUGUUUGUGGUUGGCUCUUCGCUUCCGAUUGCCAGAUCUGUCGCAGCUCCAAGAGCCAAUGCCGAAACCGACUGAACCAGUGGAGAAGGUUCACGUGCUGGAGCUGAUGCUGGACCCAGAGAUCAGGUUUCCCAUCGUUGCCCUUUUUCUAGGGGUAACCUUGGAGGCUGCACUAGGUGCCACAACUUGGGAGUACAUGACAAGCUUGGGAUAUGAUCAUCUGAAGCAGAACCUGACAUGGCUGAUGGUUACAAUUCCGGGCGUCAUCUCUGUGAACCUGGUCCCCGCGCUUCGGUCGCUUGUAGAAGGUCACACGUUGCAGAUUUCAGCGAUUCUCUUAGGUGGGGCAAGUGCGCUAGCGUGUUUCGGCUCCCACUACGUUUUGCUGGCUCUCGCCCUGCUUGGCACCAGCGGUGCGUCCGGCGUGUUAAAUGGAAAUGGAGCAGCUAUGUUGGCCGAUCGAAGCCAGGAGAAGUACGACGGAACGGGCCAGGUGUUCGUUCUGUCCAUGGCAGCAGACCAGGCAGCCUUCAUCUUCGGGCCCUAUUUAGGCAGUUCUUUGUGCCGAUACGAAAGCUACCAAGUGAUGUGUCAUGUCAUUGGCGGGUGCUUGGUGCUCUCUGCCAUCCUCUUGUCGUGGCGUGGCGAAGGGUCAGAGGCGAAGCAGAACGCGACCAAUGCGGCCAUCCCGCCUGGAACUGAGCCGGGUACGCCAGCGGAAGCCGGUAGAUCGUAG